AAAGAAAAAAGCAGUUUCCGGAAUUAGUAAGUAAUAAGCGGAAAACCAGUGUGAGAAAUACUGAAAACCGCCUCAUGUCUCGAAUCUUGUUUGUAAGUAUUAAUAUAACGUUGGCAGUAGUAACUCACAAGAGGCUCUUUUCCUCUCUAGUAGAUUAGUACAAUCCUUCACUUCACCAUGUCCAUGAACCAAUAGCUGCUACCUUUUCAGAAGUUACUUUCUCGUUUUAAGUAUAUGGCGUACCAUAACCCCCAAGACCUUCCACUUCACCAUUUCACUGACCAACAACAACACCAUAACCAUACUCUCCCUCACAACUCCUUGCUCUCCGACCCUGCCUCCAAACCUGCCUCCGAUCCUCACCAACCCGCGCCAAAUUGGCUCAACAACGCCCUUCUCCGAACGGACUACACCCACACCACCACCACCACCACCACCAACACCGCUGCUAACAACAGCAACAACAGCACCAACUUCCUCAACCUCCACACUUCCGCUUCCGACUCCGGCCAAUGGCAGGCCCGCCCGAUCCUUAACCGCAACCACAGCGAGGUCAUCGAUGACGUGGCCGGCGCAGGCGCCGAAUCCGGAGAUUUGAAGGGAGAGACGGCGCCGGUGGACGGCCUCUUGAACUGGCAGAAUGCGAGAUUGAAGGCGGAGAUUUUAACGCAUCCUCUGUACGAACAGCUUCUGUCGGCACACGUGGCGUGCUUGCGGAUCGCCACGCCGGUCGACCAGUUGCCCAGGAUCGACGCUCAGCUCGCACAGUCCCAGAAUGUGGUCGCCAAGUACUCUGCCUUCGGACAAGCCAUCGUUGGCGACGAUAAAGAACUCGAUCAGUUCUUGUCCCACUAUGUUCUGUUGCUCUGUUCUUUCAAAGAACAACUUCAACAGCAUGUCCGGGUCCAUGCAAUGGAAGCAGUCAUGGCUUGUUGGGAGAUCGAGCAAUCCUUACAAAGUUUAACAGGAGUUUCACCCGGGGAAGGUACGGGAGCAACAAUGUCUGAUGACGAAGAUGAGCAAGUAGAUAGUGAUGCCAAUCUGUUUGAUGGUGCUUUGGAUGGUCCUGAUAGCAUGGGAUUCGGUCCUCUUAUUCCCACAGAGAAUGAGAGGUCCCUCAUGGAACGUGUAAGACAUGAAUUGAAGCACGAAUUGAAACAGGGUUAUAAAGAUAAAAUCGUGGACAUAAGAGAGGAAAUUUUACGUAAGAGACGAGCUGGGAAACUUCCUGGUGACACGACCUCUGUCCUUAAAGCUUGGUGGCAAUCACAUUCCAAGUGGCCUUAUCCUACGGAGGAGGAUAAGGCACGGUUGGUGCAGGAAACGGGUUUGCAGUUAAAGCAGAUCAAUAAUUGGUUUAUCAAUCAAAGGAAGAGGAACUGGCAUAGCAGUCCCUCAACUUCUACUGUUUUGAAGAGCAAGCGCAAAAGAAGUAAUGCAGGUCUUAAUAGUGCUGAUCAGUACACGUAAAUGGAGGAAAACUCGAGAACCAAUCCCUUACUGUACUCUGUUAGUAUGUCUCUGCGGUCAAUCAUGGUGCAUGGCAAGGGAUUCAAGUAAAGUCAAUGAUAGAAAAAAAAGUUCAGAUUUUGUUUUUGCUCAAGGAACAGGCCUAAAACACAGAUGUGGAGGAUUAAAAGCCUGUAGUACGGUGAUGCAUCAAAAUUAGGGAGUUCAAUUAGGAAUUAUAUACCGAUAUCAAAAUGGGUACCUCCAUGGGAGCAUAUUUUUAGUCUCAUUAAUGUUUGUGAAAUAUAUAUAAUAGUGAGGGGUUGUGGGUGUAUAGUAAUAAUCUGAGCGUUUUUCCUUCAAUCGUACUAUUUUUUAUUUUUUUUUGUUAUUCUUAAAAUGGUUAUUUUACAUGGAGCUUGGAUAUUUUGUUUUCUUAAAGUAUUCUUCCAAUACCUAGUAAAGAAAAGUAUUGAAUGAAAGCAAAUA